UUACAAGUCGCACAUCACGGACCCCGCGAUCGCCAGACGAACACUCUCUGCCUACCGGACCACGAGCGUCAACCGACAAUCACCACUUCCACGAUGGACCCUCUUUCGGUUGCCGCAUCGGUAGCAGGGUUAUUGCAAGCCGGAGCCAAGGUCAUCGGCUUUCUUUCCACCGCCAUCGACGCCCCCAGCACUGUCCGCAACGUUCUCGCAGAAGUCCAAGCGCUGCACGGGAUAUUUCGCCAGUUAGACGACUUCAUCGUCAAUUUCGCCCAGCAGAGCAUGACUCGCAAAUCCAGAAUUGCAAUCGACGACCUGAUGCAUAAGACUUCGCUGAGUCUGUUGCUGUCGGUUUAUACAUGCUCAUCAACGCAGAAACUGCAAAACGACAUGGCUGAACUGAAGCAGCUCAUGGCGACAGUCCUGCAGACGAAUCCAGACCUAUCGGAGCGCAUGUCAGCAGCCACUUCCUUUGUGGGCGUCGUUGCCGCGUCCUCAGUCCGCUCCAGAGCUUCGGUCUUCUCCAGUGCAUCUGUCCGAUCCUUUCGCAGGAUUCUGGGAGAGACUCGGCUGUACAGGAACGCAGCCAGGAACUCUUCAUCGAACUCCUUCAAGACCAUCGGCACCGCGGAAUCCAACUGGUCUCAGCUCACCGGUGUGAGCCUAGACCAGAUAUCGAAUAUAUCCGUCAUCUUUCUGCCCAUCUACCCUCUCGAGCUGAAUAACGGCGAUAUGUACGAGCAGCGGAAAUCCCGCGAUAACCUGGCGCAACUGCUCAGUAUCACCGGGGAAGGACUCCAACGGUUACAGCAGAGCAGCAGCAAGAUGACUACCACGGUUCGGCAUCGCCUGACCCCCGAGAUGAAGCGGGCCGCCAUGUUGCACAACGCAGCUCGCGAGGGAGAUAACAUCACGGUCAAAAUGCUUGUAAAAAAGUUAGGAAUCGAUAAGGAGUCCCGGAACCAGAGAGGAUAUACGGCGUUGCACUGCGCAGCUAUCUCCGACUAGAGAGAUACAGUGCAGCUACUGCUCGACCUCAGUGCAGACAUCGAGGCCAAGGAUAACACCGACUGGACUCCGCUUCACAAGGCGGCCCGGAAUGGGCACACGGAUACACUGCAGCUACUGCUCGACCGCGGUGCAGACAUCGAGGCCAAGGAUAACUCCGGCCGGACGCCGCUUCACCUGGCAACCGUGAACAGGCACACGGCUACACCGCAGCUACUGCUCGACCACGGUGCAGACAUCGAGGCCAAGGAUAACACCGACUGGACUCCGCUUCACUGGGCGGCUGAGAACGGGCACACGGCUGCACUGCGACUACUGCUUUACCGCGGUGCUGACAUCGUGGCCAAAGACCGAUACGGUAUGACGGCGCGGCGGCUAGCGGUGCAGAAAGGGCACGGGCACGAGCGCGUUGCACGGUUGCUCCUUGAUCGAGAGGCC